AUGAUGGAACAUACCCCGCGUUUAUGUUGUAUUAGUCAAGCAAUAUUAAUUGCUUUAAAUCUUGCAUUAUCUUUUGAAAAAAAUGAUGUUAAUGUUGAUGUUGAUUAUAAUGAAAAUGAACGUAUUGAUGCGGAAUGGAUACCAUGUAUUCAUAAUGAAUUAAAUUUAAUGUAUUUUGUAAAAACACCUAUUUCAGAUCGAAAUAAAUAUCAAAUAAUUUAUGUUGAAAGAGAUGCAUGUGAAAUUGGAAUUAAAAUUAUUAAUUUUCUUUUACGUCAAGCAUUAACAUUAUUUAACAUUAAUAUGAAAAAUAGUGAAGCACUUACAGCUCAAACAUCAUUGUCACGUAUUAGUCUUUCAUCAAAUAAUGAUACAUUGUUAUCUGAUAAGUUGAUUGUCAAAAAUUUUGCUUAUUGUAUUCUUAUCACGUUUAAUUAUAAUUAUAUAAUGAAAGAAUGGUUACGAAAAGGUUAUCCAACAGGUGGAUCAAUUGUUGGAGCAAGUCCUGUUCCUUCGAAUAUGAUUAAAAACAAUCUAAAUUUUGAAAAGCAGUUAGAUGAAUUAAUGCAGGCUGGUUUAUUACAUUGCUCAAAUAAAAUGUUAGAAGCUGGGUGGGUGUGA